AUGGGGGCCGAGGAGGCUGUGGAUUGCCGCCAGUGGACUCAACACCACCUGGUUGCUACUGACAUCCGGGCGGCACCAGUCAUGGCACUGACACCCCUGCAGGGUGACGCAGAUACCAAUGGCAUGGAUGUCAACGUGUGUGGUCCAGAUGGCUUCACCCCCCUAAUGCUGGCCUCCUUCUGUGGGGGGGCCCUGGAGCCAAUGCCGACUGAGGAGGACGAGACAGAUGACGCAUCAGCCAGCAUCAUCUCGGACCUAAUCUGCCAGGGGGCCCAGCUCAGGGCGCAGACUGACCACAUGGGCGAGACCGCCCUGCACCUGGCUGCCCGCUAUGCCCGGGCCGAUGCGGCCAAGCAUCUGCUGGAUGCCGGGGCGGACACCAAUGCCCAGGACCACUCAGGCCGCACCCCCCUGCACACGGCUGUCACUGCCGACAUCGAGGGGGUCUUCCAGAUUCUCAUCCGGAACUGCUCCACGGACUUGGAUGCUCGCAUGGCCGAUGGCUCGAUGGCACUGAUCCUGGCGGCCCGCCUGGCAGUGGAGGGCAUGGUGGAAGAGCUCAUUGCCAGCCACGCCGAUGUCGAUGCUGUGGAUGAGCUCGGUAGGCUGACAGAGGAAGUGCAACAACAACAACAUCAAAAGAGCAAGGGUCCCCUGGGGAAGGCUGGGCUGGGGCCACAGGGAGCCCGGGAACAGGGCAAGAAGCUGACCCUGUCCUGCCCUGGCCCCCUGGCCGAGAGCUCGGUCACGCUGUCACCUGUGGACUCACUGGACUCUCCACAGCCCUUUGGUGGACCCCCUGCUUCCCCUGGUGGCUUUCUCCUUGAGGGGUCCUACACGGCUGCCACCACCACGGCUGUGUCUCUGGUGCAGCUCGGUGGCCCAGGCUGGUCGGGUCUAGUGCGACAGCCCCCUGGGGGCUGCUUGCUCAGCCUGGGCCUCCUGAACCCUGUGGCUGUCCCUCUUGACUGGGCCCGGCUGCCCCCACCUUCCCCACUGGGCCCCUCGUUCCUGCUGCCAUUGGCACCAGGACCCCAGCUGCUCAACCCUGGGACCCCCAUCUCCCCCCAGGAGCAGCCCCCACCUUACCUGGCAGCUCCAGGACACGGCAAGGAGUACCCGGCAGCUGAGGCCCAUGGCAGUCCCCCAAGACUCGCUUCCUGUGGGUCCCCAGCGAGCACCCUUACAUGA